AUGAGGCAUGGGCGCCCGUGUGUUUAUUAUAAUAACACUACAGCAACAUUUCGUACUCUACUUAUUGGUGAUCUAGUCUUUGAACUAAAUCCUGGUCCUACUCGCAGCAAAAUUUCACCCAUUGCAUCCGUGCGUCAUAGCUAUAGGCCUUUCAGGCCAACAACAUCUCGCGAUGCGGAGCAAUCGUCACGCCUUUCGUCGCGUAACACUAAUAAUUUAAUCACUGUGAAUUGUUCUAAUUACCUGAAUGUACAUUACCAAUCAUUAAAAUUCUGUGUAUUAAAUGCUCGUUCAGUAAGAAAUAAGACCGCUGACAUUUUGGACUACAUCUGUGAAUGCAAGCUGGAUGUUGUUGGUAUAACCGAGUCCUGGCUGAGCUCUGAUGACGCAGCUGUCCGAACAGAAUUAUGUCCUGAUGGCUACAAAUUUCUGGAUCACCCACGCGACGGGCUGCGCGGUGGCGGGACAGGUCUAAUAUAUCGAGACUUGUUGUGUGCAAAAAAGUUAGAUGCAGGAAUAAAACGUUCGUUUGAAUUUUCUGAAUGGUCUGUUACAACAUCCAGUCACAAAUUCCACAUCGUUGUGCUUUAUCGCCCACCGUACUCUAGUGAGCAUAACGUGCCCAUGAGCGUCUUUUUCAAUGAAUUUUCGAACUAUCUAGAGUCUCUUCUGUUGUCUAAGGAGCCUCUUUUGAUCUCUGGUGAUUUGAACAUACACAUUGAUGAUGCUGCAGAUGCCGAUUCUUUUAAAUUUCAGGAUCUGCUUGAGUCGGUUGGUCUCCGGCAACAUGUUACCCAGGCCACACAUACCCAUGGCCAUACCCUUGAUCUUAUAAUCACACGUUACUCUGAUCAGAUCAUAAUGAAUCAACCGUAUGUAGACCGUUUUAUUUCUGACCAUAUAUGCUCCUGUUAUCUGCGAUCUAUUACCAGCCAAACCAGUUAUGUCAAUCAAAAGAGUUAGUUACAGGAAAUUAAAAUGUGUGAACAUGACUUUUCUAAACCAAGAUCUGGCUGCUACAGCAUUGUAUGCGACCUGUCGUGGUGAACCAACAAAUCUGCUGCCAGAUGACGUGGAUGCGCUGGCACGUGAUUACAACGAAACUCUGUCGUGCGAAACUAACUGUCAUGCACCAUUAAAGACCAAAAGUGUAAGAGGGAGGGCAUCGGCGCCUUUGUACAACGGUGAAAUCAAUGCUGCAAAACGACUUCGCAGAAAGGCCGAAAGAAUUUGGCGCAAGAGCAAAUUUUUGUCUGACUUUAAUCAGUUUAAGGUUAAACGAAAUCGAGUGACAUACCUUAUGAAUGAAGCGAGGAGAACGUUUUACACUAAUUUCAUAAAAGAAAAUAGCGACAACCAAGGAAAGCUGUUUAGAGCCGCAAAUAAGUUGUUGGUAGCGAAGGACGAGCUGUGUUUUCCGAAUUAUCACAACAAUACGGCCCUGGCUACAGAUAUUGGCGAAUUCUUUGUGCGAAAGAUCUCAAGAAUACGGUCUGAUAUUGAUGCUAUGGUCGUUGACUCCUCUGUAAGUGAUUUAGUGCCAGAUGAUCGGGUAGUGAAUAAAGACAUAGCAUUGAAUUCUUUUCGGUGUUUAACUGAAAAUGAAGUCCAAGAUCUUAUCCAGGAGUCAACAAAAAAGUCAUGUGCGCUAGAUCCUAUGCCUACGUCUUUGGUUAUCCGUUUAACCCCAUUACGUCCUGUGAUUACACAUAUCAUCAACUCCUCACUGCUCACUGGCCAUUUCCCUGACAAAUGGAAGGAAGCACUUGUCAAACCUCUUAUUAAGAAAAAGGGGCUCGAUGCUUUGUUCACCAACCUUCGACCUAUCAGCAACUUACAGUAUAUUUCUACGUUGACUGAAAGGGCAGUCUAUGACCAAACCUACCACCAUAUGAUGACUCGCGAACUUUUCCCUCUACUCCAAUCUGCAUAUAGAAAGGGUCACAGUACAGAGACAGCGCUUCUGACAGUGCAGAAUGAUAUUUUAAUGAACAUGGAUCGACAACAG